UUUACAAAUGCCAUAACUAGGUUAGUGAGCUGAUACAAACUACCUAGUUUAUUUUUGCACUCAGUGAAAUUGUGAAAUUAUUAUUGUUCGUCGUUCUGAUCUUCUUUCAUCCAUAUUUUGGUAAUGGCACCUGUUCCAAAAAAAGAGCUGAUGGCCAAAUCGAGAGAUAUGAAGAGACAGGGUCCAGAGAAAUGGGAUGAGUAUCUGAGGAAAAAUCGGCAAAAAAAUAUUAUUGCGAGAUGUAAAAAACGUCUAACAAUGUGCGAAGAGGAGAAACACGCACACAGAGAAAAGGAAAAACUAAGGAAGAGAGCGCAGCGACUGAAGAAGAAUAUUUCUACACCUAAGAUAAAAGCUUCUAUCAUCACUAAAAAAAGAGAUGCCUACAGCUGUCCUCAAACUUUUGGCAAGGCGAUUAAGAAAGCUACUAGUAAACUGCCUACUUGUCCUACUAAAAAGCAAGCUGUUGUUAAGGAAUUAUUUCUCAGAGUUUUCGAAUCAGAAGAUCACAAUGGCUACAGGAUUAUGGUGGAAAAAAGCAAAAGCAAGUUCAGGGCGGAAAGUAAUCAACGUAUAUUGGUUGCUGAUUUCUACUUUUCGGACGAUAUAACUCGUCAAGCUCCACGGAAACGUGACUUGAAAACUGUACGAGACGAACGAACAAGAGUUAAACAACGGAUACCCAUUAGGCACCUGUUGAUGACGGUGACCGAAGCUCAUUUUGAAUUUAAGAAGAUACAUCCUAAGGUAAACGUGUCAUUAUCAGCUUUUUAUUCAUGGAGGCCGAAGUAUAUCCUUCUGUCAAAGCAGAUGCCGCAUAAUGUGUGUGUAUGUAAAGUUCAUUUAAAUUUUUCUUUUCUCAUUGAUUCCGUACAUUCUUGUGUAAAAGAUUUCCCUGGAAAUUCUAAAAGUUUAUUGGCAAUCAUUUGUUGUGAUCAGAAAAACGAAAACUGCAUGUUCAACCAUUGUAAAAAUUGUACGUAUGAUGUAAGAAAAAUUUUCCUGAAAAUUUGGAUACUAGAGUUAGUGUCAAUCUAAAGAAAUGGGAAAAUAUAAAUGUAUUUUUACAAGUGACAGAAACAAAGAUUCAAUUAGACCAUAUGUUAUCAGAAAUUAAUAAAGAACUUGCAGCUUUUAAAAAGCAUUUCUAUGUUAAAAAUAUUCAGUCGGAAUAUUUUGAAACUUGUAAAAAUCGACAGGAUGAAUGUGAAGCUUUUAUUCAGGUUGAUUUCGCCGAAAAUGCCACUAUCACAAAUCAAACUCAGAUACAAAGCGCAUAUUGGAAACAGCGGCAAGUAACGAUUUUUUCUUGUUGUAUUUGGAGUUAUGGGAAAGUUAAAUCUGUAGCUAUCGUAAGUGACAAUUUAGAUCAUUCUAAAUAUGCAGUUUAGACAUUUUUGAAACUUAUCGGGGCAUUUAUCAAAAAAGAAUUUCCACUUGUUAAACGUCUGAUUAUUUUUUCUGACAAUGCUGCUAGUC